AUGUCACUCUUGAAGCAGUAUGAAAAGAUGUAUUUUAAUCAAAGCAAACUGGUGGAAUUUAUAAUCCUGGGGUUUCCUGGUUCUCUGAGUCUGCAAUACGUUUGCUUCUUGCUCUUACUGAUAACAUACCUGUUAACACUUAUAAGUAACUGUGUGAUCAUCAUCAUUACGUGGACAGAAAGACGUCUGCAUACCCCAAUGUAUUUUUAUCUUCGUAAUCUCUCUUUUCUGGAGAUUUGUUAUGUUUCUGUAAUUGUCCCCAAGAUUCUCACCACUAUUACGUCAAAUGGGAGAUAUAUUUCUUUCCAUGGUUGCAUAAUACAGAUGUUGUUCUUCUUCUUCUUGGGAUCCACAGAAUGUUGUCUAUUCGGUGUCAUGGCAUAUGACCGCUACUUGGCUAUUUGUCAUCCACUGCGUUACACAACACUGAUGAAUACUACCAUGUGCUAUAGUCUUAGUAUUUGCUCAGUCAUUGGAGGCUUUCUGACCACCUUUCCACCCAUUCUUUUAAUCUCCCAACUUCCAUUUUGUGGAAGUAAUAUCAUUAACCAUUUCUUUUGUGACUCUCCUCCCAUUCUUCAACUGUCUUGUGCAGACACAUACCUAAUUGAUAAAAUGGAUUUUUUGUUUGCUUCCUUAGUUUCCUUAUUGUCUUUCUCAGUGACUUUGAUUUCCUAUUUUUAUAUUUUUGUAAAAGUCUUACAUAUACCCGCUAACAGUAGAAGAAAAACCUUUUCUACCUGUUCCUCCCAUCUAAUUGUUGUGUUUAUUUAUUAUAGUACUGUUAUAUUUAUGUAUGUGAGGCCAAAAGUAAGUUUUACUUUUACUCUUAAUCGGGUAGUUGCAGUUUUUUACACUGUUAUUACACCUAUACUUAAUCCUAUAAUAUACUGUUUAAGAAAUGAAGAAGUGAAAAAUUCCAUUAAAAAGCAACUGAAUACUUUAAAGAACUGUUAUAUAAGAUAA